AUGGAGGCGCGCGACGAGUACUUCCAGCAGCGGGAAGAUGCGGCCCACAGAAAGGGUCUAUCCCCGCUGACGAAGUGCAUGGUUGCGCUUCGUCAGUUGGCAUACGGCACUACGACGGACAUGUUCAAUGAGUAUCUUCACGGAGUGUUUGAGGGGUCAAACAACUACAUCAAUGUGUUGAACUCGUCGAGUCUCUUCACCGAGCAAUGCAAUGGUAACGGUCCGGUUAUCAAGUUCACUGUCAACGGACGACAGUAUCAUAUGGGGUACUACUUAGACGACGACAUUUACCCGAGAUGGCCAGUAUUUUUGAAGACGAUCUCCUGCCCAACGGAUGAGAGGAGAGAGCUUUUUGCAUCGCGCCAAGAAGCUGCACGGAAGGACGUGUAG